AGCUUUGAAUGCAUGAGAGGUGAAAAAUGGGGAUCAUGACGUCAGUCAUUUAACCAGGAUGGACUCAACAGAGUUAAUAACACCUUUAAUGGCCACGAUGCCAGCCACUGUACCACCAAACUCUUCUCUGGACAACGUCAACCAAACCUCUUCUUCCUCGCCGAAAUCUCCUCCUCUGCUUCCUCACUCACAAGUGGUGUCGGUCCUCAUCGUGCUUGUUGUCACAGUCAUCAUCCUGGGGACUGUGGUUGGAAACGUGUUGGUUGUGGUGGCGGUGUUCACCAGCCGUGCUCUGCGGGCACCUCAGAACCUGUUCCUGGUGUCCCUCGCAUCAGCUGACAUCCUGGUGGCCACGCUGGUCAUUCCAUUUUCUCUGGCUAACGAGGUCAUGGGUUACUGGUACUUUGGUUCCACCUGGUGCUCCUUCUACCUGGCUCUGGAUGUUCUCUUUUGCACCUCCUCCAUCGUUCACCUGUGUGCCAUCAGCCUCGACCGCUACUGGUCCGUCACUAAAGCUGUCAGCUACAACCAUAAACGGACACCAAAGCGAAUUAAAGCCAUGAUCAGCAUUGUGUGGCUUAUAUCUAUUGUCAUCUCAUCUCCGCCACUCCUCAUGACUAAGAAAGAGGAGGCCCAGGAGUUUGGGGCAAAGCAGGUGGAGGAAGAGACGCACAAACAGGAGUGUCUCCUCAACAAUCAGACCUGGUAUAUUCUCUCCUCCUGCCUGGUAUCCUUCUUCGCCCCAGGAAUUAUCAUGAUACUUGUUUACUGCAAGAUCUACCGUGUUGCCAAGCAGCGAGCUUCAACCGUGUUUGUGGCAAAGAACGUGAUGGAGCGCCAGCCGUCGCAGUCUGAGACCUGCUUCGUGGGGAACACUGGGACCUGCCAAAGAGUGAGUGCAGGUUGUGGUAAAUCCCGGUACGAGCUGGACAGCCCAUGCCCGGCGUACCGACACAGUUCCUCUGCUGCAGACAGCAACAGCAGCAGUCACCGACGAGGAGAGCUGGACGAUAUUGACUUGGAGGAGAGGAGUAGCUCAUCUAAAACAAAAAGCUCCUUGUCUUCUUUUUCCUCUUCUCUUCGAUUCCCCAGGAGAGCCGGCGGCAGGGUGAAGGUGGAGGAGGGAAUGGAUGCUGAGGGAACAGCUUCCAGGCUGAAGCCUCCUGCUCCUCCUCCGGCCUGUGCCUCCAUAUCAUGGGCAUCGACUGACCACUGCUCCCAUCACCUCCUCCUCCCUUCUCCUCUGCCUCUCCGCCGCAGGCAGAUGUCGCUGUCCAAAACGAAAGUGGCGCAAAUGAGGGAGAAGCGCUUCACUUUUGUUCUGGCAGUGGUGAUGGGGGUUUUUGUUCUCUGCUGGUUUCCGUUUUUCUUCACCUACAGUCUCCAAGCUGUUUGCAGAGAGAACUGCACCAUCCCAGACACACUCUUCAAUCUCUUUUUCUGGAUUGGAUACUGCAACAGCUGCCUGAACCCCAUCAUAUACACAAUAUUUAAUAGGGACUUCAGGAGGGCCUUCAAAAAGAUUUUAUUUCAAACUCACAAACACACGUAA